AUGAAAGGGAGACCUGAGUUGAGAAAUGUGCCUCGGUUCUUGUUCGGACAGUCAAUGGGAGGAGCUAUUGCCUUGAAAGUUCAUCUGAAAGAACCUCAAGCUUGGGAUGGUCUUAUACUUGUGGCUCCAAUGUGUAAGAUCUCAGAAGAUGUAAAGCCUCCUAAGCUAGUAUUGAAUGCGUUGAUCUUGAUGUCAACACUGUUUCCAAAAGCAAAGCUCUUCCCAAAGAAAGACAUGAGCGAGCUCUUCUUCAGAGACCCAAGUAAAAGAAAACUUUCUGACUAUGAUGUGAUAUGCUACGAUGACCAAACGCGUCUGAAAACUGCUGUUGAGCUACUAAAUGCGACAAGAGACAUUGAGAUGCAAGUUGAUAAGGUGUCAUUGCCGUUGUUGAUACUACAUGGAGCUGCAGAUAGAGUCACAGACCCUAAUGUGAGCAAGUUCCUUUACGAGCAAGCAAUCAGCGAAGACAAAACUCUUAAACUAUAUCCUGGUGGCUACCAUUGCAUUCUAGAAGGUGACACUGAUGAAAAUAUUUUCACAGUAAUCAACGACAUUGUUGCUUGGCUCGAUGCACGCUCUACUCCCAAGUAA